AUGGCCCAACCGCCAUCUCAACCGCACCUCACGCCACAGUUCUGUUUCUCAACAGGGUCUUUGAGAGCCUUUCUUAGACUAUCCCGAGCCAGCAUCGACGACUCGAUAACCCAGAACCUCAACGCUCUAGCAACACCCGCCCGCGCCGGUUUUGACCCCACCUCCACGGCCCAACGGACGUCGCGCACAUUCCCGCGACAGAUAGACCCCCAGGCGUGCCAGAACUUCAAGGAUAAAGCGCUGUUUCCGACAUGGCACGCCCGCGCAGAGGUCCUUCACUAUUGCGGAGUUGUUGCAACGAGCCCUGACCCCGAUGACCCCGAAGCUCUGCUGCGACAGAUUGAGGACGCCAAGGACAAGGAGCGGGUUGUUGACGAGCGCCUGGACCCCUACUCGGCUAGGUUCUUCCCGCGGGAACCCCGGACGGAGCAGCUCGCGAUGCUCAUACGGCAAGAGAAGGGCGUCGAGAACAUCGUGAGGACACGGACCUGGGACAUGGUUAAGCAAAGGUGCGGUGAGUCUGCGGAUACGUGGGAACAAGCCCUGGAGAGUUGGCGACGGAGGACUGGCCGGGAGGGAGACGAGCGAUGA